ACCUUGGUCGAAACAAACUGCAAAAAAAAUGAUUGCGCAUGCGCAACCUUUCACGGCAAAGCGAACCAAGAUGGCGGCUGUUGUUGAAAAUGUUGUAAAACUGCUGGGAGAGCAGUGCUACAGAGAUGCCAUGGAGCAGUGCCAUAACUACAACGCCCGGCUAUGUGCCGAGAGGAGUGUCCGAAUGCCCUUCCUGGACUCUCAGACUGGAGUGGCGCAGAGCAACUGUUACAUUUGGAUGGAGAAGAGACACAGGGGACCAGGAGUGACCCCAGGACAGCUGUACACCUACCCAUCCCGCAGGUGGAGGAAGAAACGACGAGCCCUCCCCCCAGAGGAUCCCCGGCUGGUCUUCCCCCCUCUAAAGUCAGAACUGGACUUGGGUUUUAAGAAGGAUGCCCUGUCAUCAUCUGAUGGCAGCAGUCUGGAAGCCCUGCUAAAGGGGGAACCCCUGGACAAACGGGGUCCUCCGGAGUUCCAUGGGCCAGAAGAGGAGUCCAGUCUGGCAGACUACACUUGUGGGGGAGUCACCCCUGCAGCACGCGUCAGAAAGAGAGUCCUGGAGCCAGAUGACUUCCUGGAUGACUUGGAGGAUGAGGACUAUGAGGAGGACACCCCCAAAAGAAGAGGCAAAGGAAAGGGAAAGGGUCGUGGAGUGAGCAGUGCCAAGAAGAAGCUGGAUGCUGCGGUGGCUGCACUGGAGGACAAGGACAAGCCUUACUCCUGUGACAACACUUUCAGACAAAAGCAUAUUUCACAACCUUCUGGACGAGUCUGUGGGAAGCGUUACAAGAACCGUCCGGGCCUGAGCUACCACUACGCCCACUCCCACCUGGCUGAGGAGGAGGGAGGGGACAAGGAGGAGCCUGAGGUCCAUACCCCGCCCCAGCCUGAGGAGCCCAAGACACCCAAGAAAGGUCCAGAUGGUUUGGCGAUACCCAAUAUCUACUGUGACUUCUGCCUCGGGGACUCAGCCCUCAACCAGAAGACGGGCCAGUCAGAGGGGCUGCAGUCCUGCUCAGACUGUGGACGUUCAGGCCACCCGUCCUGCCUGCAGUUCACCCCUGUGAUGAUGGCUGCAGUUAAGACCUACCGCUGGCAGUGCAUCGAGUGCAAGUGCUGCAACAUCUGUGGCACCUCAGAGAACGACGACCAGCUUCUCUUCUGUGAUGACUGUGAUAGAGGCUAUCACAUGUACUGUCUCCGCCCCCCUAUGGCUGAACCUCCAGAAGGGAGCUGGAGCUGCCAUCUGUGUCUGGACCUGUUGAAAGACAAGGCGUCCAUAUACCGGACACCUAAUGCCCCUCCGUUGUGAUGGACCCCCACCCUCUCACAGGUUCUCAAUCACGGGUCAGCAGAGAGGAGUGGGUGGGACAGAUGUCUUGUGAAAAAGGAAGCAUACCUCACCAACCCCCCUUCUGAAACAGGCCUCGGGGAAGCAUACCUCACCAACCCCCCUUCUGAAACAGGCCUCGGGGAAGCAUAGCUUACCAACCCCCCUUCUGAAACAGGCCUCGGGGAAGCAUACCUCACCAACCCCCCUUCUGAAACAGGCCUCGGGGAAGCAUAGCUUACCAACCCCCCUUCUGAAACAGGCCUCGGGGAAAACACCUUACCAACCUCUUGCUGAAAAAGGCCUCGGUUUGGAAGGGAAACACCUUACCAAGCCCGUUCUGAAACAGGCCUCGGGGAAGCAUACCUUACCAACCCCCCUUCUGAAACAGGCCUCGGGGAAGCAUACCUUACCAGCCCCCCUUCUGAAACAGGCCUCGGGGAAGCAUACCUCACCAACCCCCCUUCUGAAACAGGCCUCGGGGAAGCAUACCUUACCAGCCCCCCUUCUGAAACAGGCCUCGGGGAAGCAUACCUUACCAGCCCCCCUUCUGAAACAGGCCUCGGGGAAGCAUACCUCACCAACAGGCCUCAGGGAAGCAUACCUCACCAACCGCCCUUCUGAAACAGGCCUCGGGGAAGCAUACCUUACCAACCCCCCUUCUGAAACAGGCCUCGGGAAGCAUACCUUACCAGCCCUGUGCUGAAAAAGGUCUUUGUUUGGUUCUUAUAUGGCUGUUACACAGUUCCAAGCUCAAGUGACCCAUAGGCUUUUGUUUUCAACUAUUUGUCAAUAUAUCAAACACAAUGUAUCAAUUUCCUGAACUUGACAAUACAUGAAGUUUGUUUGAGUGACUUAAACCACAAACCGCUUUUGCCAGCCAAAAUACCUGAACACACAGUCUCACAUGCAGUUCAUGCACACCACUGCUCAGAUCCUACUUUUAUUCGGCAAAAUAUCAGUUUUGCAUGUAGAGGAGAUAAAUAGUUUGAGUCAAUUAGCGUGCCAAUGCUUGUUCAUAAUAAAAACAUGUGCAAAGGUUUUGUAUAUUUAUAUAUUUGUAUAGAAUAUAAAGGUGGGAAUUAUUUAAAAGCUGCUUUCUGUUCAGCCAUUACAUUCCACUCCUUGACAUUCAUGUAAUUUGCCAAAGACUGGAGUGACAAGGAGUGGAAUGCUAUCUAAAAAGACUGGAGUGGAAUGCUAUCUAAAAAGACUGGAGUGGAAUGCUAUCUAAAAAGACUGGAGUGGAAUGCUAUCUAAAAAGACUGGAGUGGAAUGCUAGCUAGAAAGACUGGAGUGGAAUGCUAGCUAGAAAGACUGGAGUGGAAUGCUAGCUAGAAAGACUGGAGUGGAAUGCUAGCUAAAAAGACUGGAGUGGAAUGCUAGCUAAAAAGACUGGAGUGGAAUGCUAGCUAAAAAGACUGGAGGGGAAUGCUAGCUAAAAAGACUGGAGGGGAAUGCUAGCUAAAAAGACUGGAGGGGAAUGCUAGCUAAAAAGACUGGAGGGGAAUGCUAGCUAAAAAGACUGGAGGGGAAUGCUAGCUAAAAAGACUGGAGUGGAAUGCUAGCUAAAAAGACUGGAGUGGAAUGCUAGCUAAAAAGACUGGAGUGGAAUGCUAGCUAAAAAGACUGGAGUGGAAUGCUAGCUAAAAAGACUGGAGUGGAAUGCUAGCUAAAAAGACUAGAGUGGAAUGCUAGCUAAAAAGACUGGAGUGGAAUGCUAGCUAAAAAGACUGGAGUGGAAUGCUAGCUAAAAAGACAGGAGUGGCAAUAUUGAGAGUUAGGAAGCAUUGGGCGUUAAGAGGGCCUUACUAUUACAUCAAUCUCUAUCUCGGUGACAGAAAGAGGACUUUUUUUUUUAAAGGAAUUAAAGAUUGGGUGUUUGCUGCUGUUGUGGAAAGGGAGUCCGAAUGGAUGCUGGUUGGUAUGGUGAUUGAGUGAGUUUUAGUGUAUCCUAUGUCCACAGCCAGCCUUUUACCAAAAAUAAUUACCUAAUCCAUUGGUAGACAACACUGGUCCUGGAGAGCAGUUUGACAUUUUACUGCUAGUAACGUAAGCAUUUUUCUGCGCCCGCUAUAACAUCUGCCAAACUGUAUGCGACCAAUAAAUGUUGAUAUGCAGCAGUCCUAAUCUGGACCCCUUUUUGACUCCUUGUUGUUAUGUGUUGGGAGAUCAUUUAAAAACAGACAACUACCAAGCACAGGACUUUGUGUUUACCUGCCCAUAUCAGCUCUGAAGUCUCAUCCCACCCUGCUCUAACCUGCUCCACUGUCUCAUAUCUCAGACUGUCAUGCUCUAUGAUUCACUUUGUUUAUAGCCAGAGGAGGGCAGUAAAGGAGCCAUUCAAGAGCUCCUGGGACUGUGGGGAGAUGGAAGAAUGUUUUUGGGGAUGAUGUGGAGCCAUCAGGGGGUCUAGUCAGAAAGUGGUGUGUUACCACAAACUGCAGACUGGUGUACCUGCACUUGCUAUACUGUAGUGUUGUCCUUGGAGGCAACAUUAUUUGACUUUUUCAUAUAUAGGUCUAUACAGUGCAUUCAGAUACGUUUGUCAUUAUGGGGUAUUGUGUGUGUGGAUUGAUGAGGGGUAAAAACAACAAUCCGUUUUAGAAUAAGGCUGUAACGUAACAAAAUGUGGAUAAAGUCAAGGGGUCUGAAUACUUUCUGAAUGCACUGUAAAUACACUGAAUGUACAAAACAUUAAGAACACCAUCUUACUAUUGAGUUCCACCCCCCCCUUUUAGCCCUCAACAGCCUCGAUUUGUCGGGGCGUGGACUCUACAAGGUGUCGAAAGCAUUCCACAGGGAUGCUGGCCCAUGUUGACUCCAUUGCUUCCCAUAGUUGUGUCAAGUUGGCUGGAUAUUUCUUGGGUGGUGGACCAUUCUUGAUACACGUGUGAAAAACACCUCAGCGUUGCAGUUGUUGACACACGCAAACCGUUGAUCCUGGUACCUACUACCAUAACCUGUUCAAAAGCACUUCAAUCUUUUCUCUUACCCAUUUACCCAUUGAUUUUCUCUGCUUUUCCCCCAAAGCCGGGUGCAAUGCUCUCCACCAGUUUGGCUAUGGUUACAAUUAGCUACAAUUACUUUACCUCAAACUAGUGAAAAUAUAUAUUUUUUUAAACAUUUGGAUUCAUUCUCAGACAUGGUCAAAAGGAGAAACUGUAGACAUUGCGCUCUCUACAGACAGUUAACCAAGUGCAUGAUAAUGUGUACCCUAAACACAGGUGCUCAUGGUCUACUCAGAUGUGGAUUGAUCAGGGUGUAAGGAAGUUAUGUAAUAUCAUUUAGUUAUAAUAUCAUCUUAUAUUAAUAGCCAACUAACAAAUACUAAAGCAUCAAACAAGUAUUUCUCAUUUCAUUUGUUUAGCUGUUUGUUUAGAGGCAGUUGCCAUUUGGUUUUGGUUCAUUUAAAACAAAAUUAAAUCAUCAAUGAUAUUUACUCAGUUGAUGUAAAACAGUUUUGUAACUCUGUUUCCUUUAGGGUACAAGGUUUUGUCUUUUUUUCCAGGAAAAUAAAAGAUUUGACGCUGACUGUA